CACUCCAAAUUAUUUGGAGAGCAAGGCAAGAAGUCGCUUGUUUACCACCAUGGCUCAACCACCAGAUCACUGAAGUUUGCAGAAUUAAAUUAAUCAAACCAUUCAUUUGAAUUAUAAUCUACCAAUUUCUAAGGUCAGACAUUACAUGGGCACCUGAUCACCAGGAGCCUUAUCUUAAGCCAUGGGAGGAUCCAGAGACUAUGUUGGAGAUUUCCUCACUGAAUUUAAGCAAGAAAUCAUUGUAAGAGCAAGACAAGUCAAUGACAUCACAGAGGCGGUCAUCUGCCAAAGUCUGAUUCAUGACAGAACAGUUUGUCAAAUCCAAGAUGCUCCUACUGAGCAGGAGGUGAUGAGGCUUCUCUUUGAGGCCCUAGAAAGAUCAUCUUCUCAGCAAAGAACGUCCUUCCACCUGAUACUUAGAAUGACUGAACCUGAGCUAAUUCAAGAGUUAGAACAGAGACAACGAAACACCAAGUGCACUCAGACUGAACAGGAUCUAUCAUAUGGUGAGAAAAAAGAGGAAGACAGCAAGAGUGGACACAGAGCUGACUCACAGAUAAAGAAAGAUUCACUAGCGAGAAGGAGACUCGUAAAGAUGGAGCAGGAGAUGAACCGUGAAAAGCACAUACUUGAGCAAAUACGAGCUAACCUGCUAAGAGAAAGAAAUGUUCUAGAAAACAAACAUGUUGAAUUUGUCAGAGAGAGACAAAAAGCAAAACAAGAAAUUGAGAAAAGCAGGGAAAAGUUAAAACUCGAGGCAGAUCGACUAAACCAACUGACAGCUGAAAUGCUUAAAGAGAAAGUACUCAUGGAGAACCAAUAUAACGAGACAUUUAGGGAAAGUCAGAUGUUUUAUAGGAACAAAGAAGAGUUGAAUAAAAACAUAGAGAUGAUGAGGAAUGAAAUAAAGCAAAUGCAAGACAUGAAAAAUAAGUUAAUGGGACAGAAAGAGGAUGUGGAGGCCAAACUAGAGAAGGCAAUAAAGGAAAUUCAUGAACUUGCACAGCUGAGGAUAGACCUUCAGAGACAAAAUGAGGAAAUAGAAAAUAAAUUCAUACAGACAAAGAGCAAUAUGGAUGAAAUUGAACAGAAGAAGGCUGAAAUACUAAAACAAAAAGAGGAUGCUGAAAACAAAAUGCGACUUGUGAAAACAGAGGCAGAAAAAAUGCAACGGAUCAAGGAGGAAAUACAACAACAAAGAAAAGAAUUGGAAGAAAGGAUGCAGUGGGCAAAACGUGAAAUGGAAGAGAUGGAACUUAUGAAAAAAGAGAUGGACAGAAGAAGAAAACAGCUUGACCAAAUGAUGAAGCAGACAAGUAGGAGAAAGAGUGAAAUAGACCGAAUUAGAGCAGAAAUGGAGAAAGAACGAUUGGAAAUUGAACACAAAAGAGAUGAAGUACAAAAAGCAAGAGAAGACUUCCAGAUUUGGGUUGAAACAAACAGUCUACCCGUGGAAGAAAAAGAAGGAAUAAACGCUAAGAUUGUUAACCUCAUUUAUCAAAUUGAAAGAACCAGAGAAAUUGUAUGGGAUACAACAUUUAAUAUGGAAAAUCGAAUGUCAGAAAGCCAACUCGGAGCAGUAGAAGUAAAUAAGAUGAAAUGUGAAAUGCAGAGACUCGUAGUAGAAAUUGAAUAUGUUAGAGAAAUGUUACAAUGGCUUAAAACAGAGACUGAGCAAAGCAAGGAGGUCCUUAAGAAGGAGAGGGAAGAGAUAAGAAUGUUAAAACUCGAGAUCCAACGAAGAAGACGAGAACUUGAAAAGAAAGAAGAAAAGAUUAUGAGAGAACGAGAUGACUUAGAAAUCAUGAAUUCCAAGAUACAGCAACAAAGGAAAGAAUUGUCAGAAACUUUGGAAGAAAUACAAAAAAAUAAAACAUGGCAGGCAGCAGACAAUGUGCAAAAAAACAUGGAUGAAACAGAGCAUGCCAAAGAGAGGAAAGGCAGGACAGUUGAUAAACUUUUGCUUGACCAAAGAGAGACGGAACUGAAUCAACAAAAACAAAUUCUGGAGAACAAUCUAAGGGAAAUGAUGGAGGAAAGAAGUAAACUUGGCAUGAUGAGAAUGGAACUUGAAUCUCAAAUACACGAAAUGGAAGAAAACAGGAAGGUAAUAAAACAGAAGAAUGUGGAACUUGAUCAGUUGAUAAAAGACACAGAUACGAAGAAAAAAGAAAUAGAGAAAAACAGCCUCUUAAAUCAUAAUAUGAGAAAUGAGUUAGAAGCAAGCAAGGCAAAAUUAAAUGCUGAAAAAGAAGUUAUCAUCCUUGAAAAAGAAGAGAUACAGACUGAGAGAAAAAGCUUGGAGCAGUCAAGGGAAUCUAUGCAGAGUGAAAUGCAGGACAUGAAGAAUGCUUUGGAAAAAGCCAAAAUGGACAUACAAAAUCUAGAGGAAAUUAAAACACGUUUAGAAAAAGAACAAUUCAGAGUCAUUGUCGAUAGCACAAAUCAAGGGAAUUAUGCCUUGGAUAAGAUGGUUACUGAGAUAGCAAAGCAAAAGGAAGAUAUUGAGACAGAUAAAGCCCUUCUUGAUAAAGAGAAAAAUAAUCUGAACAAGAAGUGGUUGGACUUGCAGAAAAGAGAGGAGGAUUUGCAACAGCAAAUAUCAAUUCAAAAAGAAAAAGAGGACAGUAAUCUUAUGGAAAUGGAGGAACAGAGAAAUUCACUGGAAAAAGAAAUUAAAAAGCUCAAGCAGCAAAAAAAUGAGUCAGAAAAAGAAAGGGAGGACAUAUUGAAAGAAAGAAAAGAACUUAAUACUAUCAAAGAGCAAAUUAUACAAGAGAGACAAGAAAUGGAGGAAAUCAAGAAGAAGAUAAUAACGGACAAAGAACUACUUGACCAAAGACAGACAGAAAUUCAACAAGAAAAGAAAAUUGUGGAGGACAAUAUGAAAGAAAUGAUUGAGGAUAGAUGUAAUCUGGAUAAGAUGAGAAUGGAAUCUGAAGCACAGAUACGAAAAAUGGACAUUGUUAGGGAGAAGAUGAAGCAGGAGAGAGAAGAACUCGAUCAGUUGAUGAAUUACUUGCAAAUAGAAAAACAGAAUAUUGAAAAGGACAUGUCCUUCAACAACAAUUUGAGAAAUGAGUUAGAAGAAAUGAAGACAAAACUAAAUGCUGAACAAGAAGUUAUCACCCUGGAAAAACAAAAAAUAGAGAAUGAGAGAAAAAGAUUGAAGUUGUCAGAGUCAACUAUGCAGAGAGAAAUCGAGGACAUGGAGAAUGCUUUGGAAAAGGUCAGGAUAAGCAUGCAAGAACUAGAACAAGAAGAAAAGCAAUAUGGUAUUCAUGUCGAAGAAAUAAAUCAGAAGAAGAAUGACUUGGCAUCGAUAACUGCAGCAACACCAGAACAAAAUCCUGAUAAGAAAAAUAAAGAUAUGAAAACUAAUUUAAAGAAAGAGAAGGCAAUGAAGGAAAUGCUUAAAGACGAACCGCUGAAGGCAGACAAGAAUGAUGAGAUUGAGAACAAAAUUGUCGAAACUAAGAGCAAGACCCAUAAAACCGAGCAGCUGAAGGCUGAGAUACUGAAUGAUGUUGAAGAAAAAAUGCAUCUUGUAAAAAUAGAGAGGGAAAAGACACAACAGGUCAAGGAGGAAAUUCAACAACAAAGAAAUGAACUGGAGGAAAGGACACAGAAGAUGAAACGAGAGAUAGCAGAAAUGGAACUUGUAAAAAAUGAGAUAGAAAAGAAGACAAAGGAUCUGAACCAAAAGAUGAAGCAAGUAACAAGGAAAAAAAAUGAACUAGACCAAAUAAGGGAGGAAAUCCAAAAAGAAAAAAAAGAAAUGGAAAGCCAAAGGGUAAAAGCUGAGAAGGAAUUUGAGAAGAGUGUUGAAGUCACUUCAGACAUGGAACAAACAGAGGAGGUAAGUGCUGAAAUUGUCAGACUUUUUGACCUAAUUGAACGAACUAGAGAAAUCGUACGGGGCACGAAGAUUCACUUUGAAAAUAAAAUGGCAGAAAAGCAACUAGUAACAGUAGAAGAAAAUCUAAAAGCAGAAAUAGAGAGACUUGUUUCAGAAAUUGAAAAUAUUAGAAAGAUGUUACAACAACUAAAAUUGGAAAUGGAGCAAAACCAGGAGGUCCUUAGGAGAGAAAAGGAAGAAAUGAAACUGUUAAAAACAAAAAUGCAGCGAAGAAAGAGAGAGCUUGAAAACAGAGCAGAGCAGAAUAUGAGAGAACGAGGUGAAUUAGAAAUGAUGCAUGCCAAAAUAAUGGAACAAAAUUUAGAAUUAAAGGUAACAUUGGAAGAAAUAAGAAAAAAUAAAGGAAAUCAGGCAAGACAAGAUGAACAAAAAGAACUGAGAGAAAGAGAAAGUGGCAAAAAGAAAGACAGCAAAACACAUGACAAACUACAAGAAGAACAGGCAGAUAAAGAAAGGGAAGACCUAGAGAAGAAAUGGCAAGAACUUGACACUGUGAAAGAGCAGAUGGCAGAAGAGAGGAAUGAAAUGGAGGAAAUAAAAAAGAAGAUACAAACUGAUAAAGAACUACUUGACCAAAGGGAGACAGAAAUAAAUGAACAAAAGCAAAUUCUGGAAGAUAAUUUGAAAGAAAUUAAGCGAGACAAAACAAAUCUGGAAAAGAUGAAAAUGGAACUUGAUCUACAGAAAGAAGAAAUAGAAAACACUAAGAAAGAAAUGAAGCAAGAGAAAGAAGAACUUGAUGAUAUCAUGAAAGAAAUAACCCUCAAGGAGCAAGAUGUUGAAGAGCAAAUGUCCAUGAUGAACAAUUGGAGAAUUGAGCUAGAUAAAAUGAAGGUGAAACUGAAUGGGGACCAAGAAGCUAUAACUCUUGAAAAGCAAGAGUUAGAGAAUGAGAAACACAGAUUUGACCAAUUAAAGGCAUCUUUGGAAACAGCCAAGAUGGAUGUAAUGAAUCUGGAUGAAAUAAAAACACGGCUGGAGCAGGAAAGAGAAGAAUGUAGGAUUAUUGUUGAAGACACAAAGCAACAGAAGGAUGCCUUGGAGAAGUUGGGUUCUGAAAUCGCAAAGCAACAGCAAGACAUAGAGGCUAACCAAGUUCUUCUAGAAAACGACAGACAUGAUCUUGAAAAGAAAUCUCUGGAUUUGCAAAGAAGACAGCAGGAUUUGGAAAUGCAAUUCAAACACCAAAGAGAAAAAGAGGACAGUGAAAAUCUGGUGAUGGAGCAACAGAGACAUGAACUGGAAAAAGAAAUCUGUAAGUUCAACCAACAAAAAGAACAGGCAGAAAAAGAAAGGGAAGCCCUAGAAAACAAUUGGCAAGAACUUGACACUGUGAAAGAGCAAAUGGCAGAAGAGAGGAAAGAAAUGGAGGAAAUUAAAAAGAAGAUACAAACCAAUAACGAACUACUUGAUCAAAGAGAGACAGAAAUGAAUAAACAAAAGCAACUUCUGGAGGAUAAUUUGAAAGAAAUUAAGCGAGACAAAACAAAUCUGGACAAAAUGAAAAUGGAACUUGAUCUACAGAAACAAGAAAUAGAAAACACUGUCAGAGAGAAGAUGAAGCAAGAGAAAGAAGAGCUUGAUGAUAUCAUGAAAGAAAUGACCAUCAAAGAGCAAGAUGUUGAAGAGCAAAAGUCUGUGAUCAACAAUUUGAGAAUUGAGCUAGAUAAAAUGAAGGUGAAACUGAAUGGGGACCAAGAAGCUAUAACUCUUGAAAAGCAAGAGUUAGAGAAUGAGAAACACAGAUUUGACCAAUUAAAGGCAUCUUUGGAAACAGCCAAGAUGGAUGUAAUGAAUCUGGAUGAAAUAAAAACAAGGCUGGAGCAGGAAAGAGAAGAAUGUAGGAUUAUUGUUGAAGACACAAAGCAACAGAAGGAUGCCUUGGAGAUGUUGGGUUCUGAAAUGGCAAAGCAACAGGAAGACAUAGACACUAACCAAGCUCUUCUAGAAAAAGACAGAAAUGAUCUUGAGAAGAAAUCUCUGGAUUUGCAAAGAAGACAGCAGGAGUUGGAAAUGCAAAUCGGACACCAAAGAGAAAAAGAGGACAGUGAAAAACUGGUGAUGGAGCAACAGAGAAAUGAACUAGAAAAUGAAAUCUGUAAGUUCAACCAACAAAAAGAACAUGCAGAAAAAGAAAGGGAAGACCUAGUGAAGAUUUGGCAAGAACUUGACUCAGUGAAAGAGCAAAUGGCAGAAGAGAGAAAUGAAAUGGAGGAAAUUAAAAAGAAGAUACAAACCGAUAAAGAACUACUUGACCAAAGGGAGACAGAAAUGAAUAAACAAAAGCAAAUUCUGGAGAAUAAUUUGAAAGAAAUAAUGCGAGAUAGGACAAAUCUGGAAAAGAUGAAAAUGGAACUUGAUCUACAGAAAGAAGAAAUAGAAAACACUGUCAGAGAGAAGAUGAAGCAAGAGAAAGAAGAACUUGAUGAUAUCCUAAAAGAAAUAACCAUGAAGAAGCAAGAUGUUGAAGAGAAAAUGUCCAUGAUGACCAAAUGUAGAAUUGAGCUAGAAAAAAUGAAGGUGAAACUGAAUGGGCACCAAGAAGCUAUAUCUCUUGAAAAGAAAGAGUUAGAGAAAGAGAAACACAGAUUUGACCAAUUAAAGGCAUCUUUGGAAACAGCCAAGAUGGAUGUAAUGAAUCUGGAUGAAAUAAAAACACGGCUGGAGCAGGAAAGAGAAGAAUGUAGGAUUAUUGUUAAAGACACAAAGCAACAGAAGGAUGCCUUGGAGAAGUUGGGUUCUGAAAUCGCAAAGCAACAGCAAGACAUAGAGGCUAACCAAGUUCUUCUAGAAAACGACAGACAUGAUCUUGAAAAGAAAUCUCUGGAUUUGCAAAGAAGACAGCAGGAUUUGGAAAUGCAAAUCAAAUACCAAAGAGAAAAAGAGGACAGUGAAAAACUGGUCAUGGAGCAACAGAGAAAUGAACUGGAAGAAGAAAUCUGUAAGACCAACCAACAACAAGAACAGGCAGAAAAAGAAAGGGAAGACCUAGAGAAGAAGUGGCAAGAACUUGACUCAGUGAAAGAGCAAAUGGCAGAAGAGAGGAAAGAAAUGGAGGAAAUUAAAAGGAAGAUACGAACCAAUACAGAACUACUUGACCAAAGGGAGACAGAAAUGAAUAAACAAAAGCAAAUUCUGGAGGAUAAUUUGAAAGAAAUAUUGCGAGAUAGGACAAAUCUGGACAAGAUGAAAAAAGAACUUGAACUACAGAAACAAGAAAUAGAAAACACUGUCAGAGAGAAGAUGAAGCAAGAGAAAGAAGAACUUGAUGAUAUCCUGAAAGAAAUAACCAUCAGGGAGCAAGAUGUUGAAGAGAAAAUGCAAGAAAUGCAAGAAAAACAGGAGGAGUUGCAGUUGCAAAUCAAAUAUCAAAGAGAAAAAGAGGACAGUGAAAAACUGGUGAUGGAGCAACGGAGACAUGAACUGGAAAAAGAAAUCUGUAAGUUCAACCAACAAAAAGAACAGGCAGAAAAAGAAAGGGAAGCCCUAGAAAACAAUUGGCAAGAACUUGACUCAGUGAAAGAGCAAAUGGCAGAAGAGAGGAAAGAAAUGGAAGAAAUUAAAAAGAAGAUACAAACCAAUAACGAACUACUUGACCAAAGGGAGACAGAAUUGAAUGAACAAAAGCAACUUCUGGAGGAUAAUUUGCAAGAAAUUAAGCGAGACAAAACAAAUCUGGAAAAGAUGAAAAUGGAACUUGAUCUACAGAAACAAGAAAUAGAAAACACUGUCAGAGAGAAGAUGAAGCAAGAGAAAGAAGUACUUGAUGAUAUCAUGAACGAAAUAACCCUCAAGGAGCAAGAUGUUGAAGAGAAAAUGUCCAUGAUGGACAAUUUGAGAAUUGAGCUAGAAAAUAUGAAGGUGAAACUGAAUGGGGACCAAGAAGCUAUAACUCUUGAAAAGCAAGAGUUAGAGAAUGAGAAACACAGAUUUGACCAAUUAAAGGCAUCUUUGCAGAGCGAAAUGCAGAACAUGAAGAAUGCUUUGGAAACAGCCAAGAUGGAGGUAAUGAAUCUGGAUGAAAUAAAAACAAGGCUGGAGCAGGAAAGAGAAGAAUGUAGAAUUAUUGUUGAAGACACAAAGCAACAGAAGGAUGCAUUGGAGACGAUGGGUUCUGAAAUGGCAAAGCAACAGGAAGACAUAGAGGCUAACCAAGCUCUUCUAGAAAAAGACAGAAAUGAUCUUGAAAAGCAAUCUCUGGAUUUGCAAAGAAGACAGCAGGAUUUGGAAAUGCAAAUCAAAUACCAAAGAGAAAAAGAGGACAGUGAAAAACUGGUCAUGGAGCAACAGAGAAAUGAACUGGAAGAAGAAAUCUAUAAGACCAACCAACAACAAGAACAGGCAGAAAAAGAAAGGGAAGACCUAAAGAAGAAUUGGCAAGAACUUGACUCAGUGAAAGAGCAUUUGUCAGAAGAGAGGAAUGAAAUGGAGGAAAUUAAAAAGAAGAUACAAACCGAUAAAAAACUACUUGACCAAAGGGAGACAGAAUUGAAUGCACAAAAGCAAAUUCUGGAGGAUAAUUUGCAAGAAAUUCAGCGAGACAAAACAAAUCUGGAAAAGAUGAAAAUGGAACUUGAUCUACAGAAACAAGAAAUAGAAAACACUGUCAGAGAGAAGAUGAAGCGAGAGAAAGAAGAACUUGAUGAUAUCCUGAAAGAAAUAACCAUCAGGGAGCAAGAUGUUGAAGAGAAAAUGCAAGAAGUGCAAGAAAAACAGGAGGAGUUGCAGUUGCAAAUCAAAUAUCAGAGAGAAAAAGAGGACAGUGAAAAACUGGUGAUGGAGCAACAGAGACAUGAAUUGGAAAAAGAAAUCUGUAAGUUCAACCAACAAAAAGAACAGGCAGAAAAAGAAAGGGAAGCCCUAGAAAACAAUUGGCAAGAACUUGACACUGUGAAAGAGCAAAUGGCAGAAGAGAGGAAAGAAACGGAGAAAAUUAAAAAGAAGAUACAAACCGAUAACGAACUACUUGACCAAAGGGAGACAGAAAUGAAUAAACAAAAGCAACUUCUGGAGGAUAAUUUGAAAGAAAUAAUGCGAGAUAGGACAAAUCUGGAAAAGAUGAAAAUGGAACUUGAUCUACAGAAAGAAGAAAUAGAAAAGACUGUCAGAGAGAAGAUGAAGCAAGAGAAAGAAGAACUUGAUGAUAUCAUGAAAGAAAUAACCCUCAAGGAGCAAGAUGUUGAAGAGCAAAUGUCCAUGAUGAACAAUUGGAGAAUUGAGCUAGAUAAAAUGAAGGUGAAACUGAAUGGGGACCAAGAAGCUAUAACUCUUGAAAAGCAAGAGUUAGAGAAUGAGAAACACAGAUUUGACCAAUUAAAGGCAUCUUUGGAAACAGCCAAGAUGGAUGUAAUGAAUCUGGAUGAAAUAAAAACACGGCUGGAGCAGGAAAGAGAAGAAUGUAGGAUUAUUGUUGAAGACACAAAGCAACAGAAGGAUGCCUUGGAGAAGUUGGGUUCUGAAAUCGCAAAGCAACAGCAAGACAUAGAGGCUAACCAAGUUCUUCUAGAAAACGACAGACAUGAUCUUGAAAAGAAAUCUCUGGAUUUGCAAAGAAGACAGCAGGAUUUGGAAAUGCAAUUCAAACACCAAAGAGAAAAAGAGGACAGUGAAAAUCUGGUGAUGGAGCAACAGAGACAUGAACUGGAAAAAGAAAUCUGUAAGUUCAACCAACAAAAAGAACAGGCAGAAAAAGAAAGGGAAGCCCUAGAAAACAAUUGGCAAGAACUUGACACUGUGAAAGAGCAAAUGGCAGAAGAGAGGAAAGAAAUGGAGGAAAUUAAAAAGAAGAUACAAACCGAUAACGAACUACUUGAUCAAAGAGAGACAGAAAUGAAUAAACAAAAGCAACUUCUGGAGGAUAAUUUGAAAGAAAUUAAGCGAGACAAAACAAAUCUGGACAAAAUGAAAAUGGAACUUGAUCUACAGAAACAAGAAAUAGAAAACACUGUCAGAGAGAAGAUGAAGCAAGAGAAAGAAGAGCUUGAUGAUAUCAUGAAAGAAAUGACCAUCAAAGAGCAAGAUGUUGAAGAGCAAAAGUCUGUGAUCAACAAUUUGAGAAUUGAGCUAGAUAAAAUGAAGGUGAAACUGAAUGGGGACCAAGAAGCUAUAACUCUUGAAAAGCAAGAGUUAGAGAAUGAGAAACACAGAUUUGACCAAUUAAAGGCAUCUUUGGAAACAGCCAAGAUGGAUGUAAUGAAUCUGGAUGAAAUAAAAACAAGGCUGGAGCAGGAAAGAGAAGAAUGUAGGAUUAUUGUUGAAGACACAAAGCAACAGAAGGAUGCCUUGGAGAUGUUGGGUUCUGAAAUGGCAAAGCAACAGGAAGACAUAGACACUAACCAAGCUCUUCUAGAAAAAGACAGAAAUGAUCUUGAGAAGAAAUCUCUGGAUUUGCAAAGAAGACAGCAGGAGUUGGAAAUGCAAAUCGGACACCAAAGAGAAAAAGAGGACAGUGAAAAACUGGUGAUGGAGCAACAGAGAAAUGAACUAGAAAAUGAAAUCUGUAAGUUCAACCAACAAAAAGAACAUGCAGAAAAAGAAAGGGAAGACCUAGUGAAGAUUUGGCAAGAACUUGACUCAGUGAAAGAGCAAAUGGCAGAAGAGAGAAAUGAAAUGGAGGAAAUUAAAAAGAAGAUACAAACCGAUAAAGAACUACUUGACCAAAGGGAGACAGAAAUGAAUAAACAAAAGCAAAUUCUGGAGAUUAAUUUGAAAGAAAUAAUGCGAGAUAGGACAAAUCUGGAAAAGAUGAAAAUGGAACUUGAUCUACAGAAAGAAGAAAUAGAAAACACUGUCAGAGAGAAGAUGAAGCAAGAGAAAGAAGAACUUGAUGAUAUCCUAAAAGAAAUAACCAUGAAGAAGCAAGAUGUUGAAGAGAAAAUGUCCAUGAUGACCAAAUGUAGAAUUGAGCUAGAAAAAAUGAAGGUGAAACUGAAUGGGCACCAAGAAGCUAUAUCUCUUGAAAAGAAAGAGUUAGAGAAAGAGAAACACAGAUUUGACCAAUUAAAGGCAUCUUUGGAAACAGCCAAGAUGGAUGUAAUGAAUCUGGAUGAAAUAAAAACACGGCUGGAGCAGGAAAGAGAAGAAUGUAGGAUUAUUGUUAAAGACACAAAGCAACAGAAGGAUGCCUUGGAGAAGUUGGGUUCUGAAAUCGCAAAGCAACAGCAAGACAUAGAGGCUAACCAAGUUCUUCUAGAAAACGACAGACAUGAUCUUGAAAAGAAAUCUCUGGAUUUGCAAAGAAGACAGCAGGAUUUGGAAAUGCAAAUCAAAUACCAAAGAGAAAAAGAGGACAGUGAAAAACUGGUCAUGGAGCAACAGAGAAAUGAACUGGAAGAAGAAAUCUGUAAGACCAACCAACAACAAGAACAGGCAGAAAAAGAAAGGGAAGACCUAGAGAAGAAGUGGCAAGAACUUGACUCAGUGAAAGAGCAUUUGGCAGAAGAGAGGAAUGAAAUGGAGGAAAUUAAAAAGAAGAUACAAACCGAUAAAGAACUACUUGACCAAAGGGAGACAGAAUUGAAUGAACAAAAGCAAAUUCUGGAGGAUAAUUUGCAAGAAAUUCAGCGAGACAAAACAAAUCUGGAAAAGAUGAAAAUUGAACUUGAUCUAUGGAAACAAGAAAUAGAAAACACUGUCAGAGAGAAGAUGAAGCAAGAGAAAGAAGAACUUGAUGAUAUCAUGAAAGAAAUAACCCUCAAGGAGCAAGAUGUUGAAGAGAAAAUGUCCAUGAUGAACAAUUUGAGAAUUGAGCUAGAUAAAAUGAAGGUGAAACUGAAUGGGGACCAAGAAGCUAUAACUCUUGAAAAGCAAGAGUUAGAGAAUGAGAAACACAGAUUUGACCAAUUAAAGGCAUCUUUGGAAACAGCCAAGAUGGAUGUAAUGAAUCUGGAUGAAAUAAAAACAAGGCUGGAGCAGGAAAGAGAAGAAUGUAGGAUUAUUGUUGAAGACACAAAGCAACAGAAGGAUGCCUUGGAGAAGUUGGGUUCUGAAAUCGCAAAGCAACAGCAAGACAUAGAGUUUAACCAAGCUCUUCUAGAAAAAGACAGAAAUGAUCUUGAAAAGAUAUCUCUGGAUUUGCAAAGAAGACAGCAGGAGUUGGAAAUGCAAAACAGACACCAAAGAGAAAAAGAGGACAGCGAAAAACUGGUGAUGGAACAACAGAGACAUGAACUGGAAAAAGAAAUCUGUAAGAUCAACCAACAAAAAGAACAGGCAGAAAAAGAAAGGGAAGCCCUAGAGAAGAAUUGGCAAGAACUUGACUCAGUGAAAGAGCAAAUGGCAGAAGAGAGGAAAGAAAUGGAGGAAAUUAAAAGGAAGAUACGAACCAAUACAGAACUACUUGACCAAAGGGAGACAGAAAUGAAUAAACAAAAGCAAAUUCUGGAGGAUAAUUUGAAAGAAAUAUUGCGAGAUAGGACAAAUCUGGACAAGAUGAAAAAAGAACUUGAACUACAGAAACAAGAAAUAGAAAACACUGUCAGAGAGAAGAUGAAGCAAGAGAAAGAAGAACUUGAUGAUAUCCUGAAAGAAAUAACCAUCAGGGAGCAAGAUGUUGAAGAGAAAAUGCAAGAAAUGCAAGAAAAACAGGAGGAGUUGCAGUUGCAAAUCAAAUAUCAAAGAGAAAAAGAGGACAGUGAAAAACUGGUGAUGGAGCAACGGAGACAUGAAUUGGAAAAAGAAAUCUGUAAGUUCAACCAGCAAAAAGAACAGGCAGAAAAAGAAAUGGAAGCCCUAGAAAACAAUUGGCAAGAACUUGACUCAGUGAAAGAGCAAAUGGCAGAAGAGAGGAAAGAAAUGGAAGAAAUUAAAAAGAAGAUACAAACCAAUAACGAACUACUUGACCAAAGGGAGACAGAAUUGAAUGAACAAAAGCAACUUCUGGAGGAUAAUUUGCAAGAAAUUAAGCGAGACAAAACAAAUCUGGAAAAGAUGAAAAUGGAACUUGAUCUACAGAAACAAGAAAUAGAAAACACUGUCAGAGAGAAGAUGAAGCAAGAGAAAGAAGUACUUGAUGAUAUCAUGAAAGAAAUAAUCCUCAAGGAGCAAGAUGUUGAAGAGAAAAUGUCCAUGAUGGACAAUUUGAGAAUUGAGCUAGAAAAUAUGAAGGUGAAACUGAACCGGGACCAAGAAGCUAUAACUCUUGAAAAGCAAGAGUUAGAGAAUGAGAAACACAGAUUUGACCAAUUAAAGGCAUCUUUGCAGAGCGAAAUGCAGAACAUGAAGAAUGCUUUGGAAACAGCCAAGAUGGAGGUAAUGAAUCUGGAUGAAAUAAAAACAAGGCUGGAGCAGGAAAGAGAAGAAUGUAGAAUUAUUGUUGAAGACACAAAGCAAAAGAAGGAUGCCUUGGAGAAGUUGGGUUCUGAAAUGGCAAAGCAACAGGAAGACAUAGAGGUUAACCAAGCUCUACUAGAAAAAGACAGAAAUGAUCUUGAAAAGAAAUCUCUGGAUUUGCAAAGAAGACAGCAGGAUUUGGAAAUGCAAAUCAAAUACCAAAGAGAAAAAGAGGACAGUGAAAAUCUGGUGAUAGAGCAACAGAGACAUGAACUGGAAGAAGAAAUCUAUAAGACCAACCAACAACAAGAACAGGCAGAAAAAGAAAGGGAAGACCUAAAGAAGAAUUGGCAAGAACUUGACUCAGUGAAAGAGCAUUUGGCAGAAGAGAGGAAUGAAAUGGAGGAAAUUAAAAAGAAGAUACAAACCGAUAAAGAACUACUUGACCAAAGGGAGACAGAAUUGAAUGCACAAAAGCAAAUUCUGGAGGAUAAUUUGCAAGAAAUUCAGCGAGACAAAACAAAUCUGGAAAAGAUGAAAAUGGAACUUGAUCUACAGAAACAAGAAAUAGAAAACACUGUCAGAGAGAAGAUGAAGCGAGAGAAAGAAGAACUUGAUGAUAUCCUGAAAGAAAUAACCAUCAGGGAGCAAGAUGUUGAAGAGAAAAUGCAAGAAGUGCAAGAAAAACAGGAGGAGUUGCAGUUGCAAAUCAAAUAUCAGAGAGAAAAAGAGGACAGUGAAAAACUGGUGAUGGAGCAACAGAGACAUGAAUUGGAAAAAGAAAUCUGUAAGUUCAACCAACAAAAAGAACAGGCAGAAAAAGAAAGGGAAGCCCUAGAAAACAAUUGGCAAGAACUUGACACUGUGAAAGAGCAAAUGGCAGAAGAGAGGAAAGAAAUGGAGGAAAUUAAAAAGAAGAUACAAACCGAUAACGAACUACUUGACCAAAGGGAGACAGAAAUGAAUAAACAAAAGCAACUUCUGGAGGAUAAUUUGAAAGAAAUAAUGCGAGAUAGGACAAAUCUGGAAAAGAUGAAAAUGGAACUUGAUCUACAGAAAGAAGAAAUAGAAAAGACUGUCAGAGAGAAGAUGAAGCAAGAGAAAGAAGAACUUGAUGAUAUCAUGAAAGAAAUAACCCUCAAGGAGCAAGAUGUUGAAGAGCAAAUGUCCAUGAUGAACAAUUGGAGAAUUGAGCUAGAUAAAAUGAAGGUGAAACUGAAUGGGGACCAAGAAGCUAUAACUCUUGAAAAGCAAGAGUUAGAGAAUGAGAAACACAGAUUUGACCAAUUAAAGGCAUCUUUGGAAACAGCCAAGAUGGAUGUAAUGAAUCUGGAUGAAAUAAAAACACGGCUGGAGCAGGAAAGAGAAGAAUGUAGGAUUAUUGUUGAAGACACAAAGCAACAGAAGGAUGCCUUGGAGAAGUUGGGUUCUGAAAUCGCAAAGCAACAGCAAGACAUAGAGGCUAACCAAGUUCUUCUAGAAAACGACAGACAUGAUCUUGAAAAGAAAUCUCUGGAUUUGCAAAGAAGACAGCAGGAUUUGGAAAUGCAAUUCAAACACCAAAGAGAAAAAGAGGACAGUGAAAAUCUGGUGAUGGAGCAACAGAGACAUGAACUGGAAAAAGAAAUCUGUAAGUUCAACCAACAAAAAGAACAGGCAGAAAAAGAAAGGGAAGCCCUAGAAAACAAUUGGCAAGAACUUGACACUGUGAAAGAGCAAAUGGCAGAAGAGAGGAAAGAAAUGGAGGAAAUUAAAAAGAAGAUACAAACCAAUAACGAACUACUUGAUCAAAGAGAGACAGAAAUGAAUAAACAAAAGCAACUUCUGGAGGAUAAUUUGAAAGAAAUUAAGCGAGACAAAACAAAUCUGGACAAAAUGAAAAUGGAACUUGAUCUACAGAAACAAGAAAUAGAAAACACUGUCAGAGAGAAGAUGAAGCAAGAGAAAGAAGAGCUUGAUGAUAUCAUGAAAGAAAUGACCAUCAAAGAGCAAGAUGUUGAAGAGCAAAAGUCUGUGAUCAACAAUUUGAGAAUUGAGCUAGAUAAAAUGAAGGUGAAACUGAAUGGGGACCAAGAAGCUAUAACUCUUGAAAAGCAAGAGUUAGAGAAUGAGAAACACAGAUUUGACCAAUUAAAGGCAUCUUUGGAAACAGCCAAGAUGGAUGUAAUGAAUCUGGAUGAAAUAAAACAAGGCUGGAGCAGGAAAGAGAAGAAUGUAGGAUUAUUGUUGAAGACACAAAGCAACAGAAGGAUGCCUUGGAGAUGUUGGGUUCUGAAAUGGCAAAGCAACAGGAAGACAUAG